CCUAAAACUGAAAAUGAAAUAUUAGAGGAGAGACAAAGCUUAAUAACUCCAGGCAUUGGAACACCGUAUAUAGUGAUGAUAAGAUACAAGGAAGUCUCUCUUCGUUACACUAAUGAUAAAGCAUUGAUAUCAUCUUGACAAACCUUUUGUUAAUAAUGUAUAAAAAUUCAUGUUUCAAACCGAACUCGGGAGUUAUAAUAGUGAUCAAAAUCAAAUCUAGAUGAAACAAAAAUUGAUAUCUGAAAUUUUACUAAUGAAGCAGAAUUCUAUCCAAAAUAUUGAAGCUAAUUCAGAAAAUUCGAAGAAGAGUUAGAGUAAAAUUAAGGACACAUUGCAAAUAGCUUGUAAAAAGAACUUGUAAUAUUAAAUCCUUCAAAGAAUUGCUCCCAUUCUCCCGAUUAACAAAUUAAGAAAGUACUUCUUAAAUGAUCUUUUACUGGAAUAAAACAAGCUAAAAUUUCAGCCCAGAACUUAAAACUGCUGAAACUAAAGUUGACAUAAAGAUGUUAAGCAACUUUAUGGAAAAUAAAAUUUUAAAGGAACAACUCAGUUCUGCCUACCAACUAUAGAAUAAAGGGUCUGAAGGAUGAAGCUUAUUGAACAUCUAAAAUAUGAAAAUAAUGUAAGAGCCGUUUGAAACAAAUUAGAAGAAGACAAAACUUUACUAAUAAUUUGUGAUAAGCAAAUUAAAUAGAUUUAGUCGAAAUAUUCGAAGAAAGACCAAUUCAAUAAAAGAAUGCAGAAUAAGAGCAGAAUAUAAUACAAGAGCAAGAAAACUACCUUGACUAGCAAAGGAAAUCACACCUCAUGGUAUUUGAAAACUGAGUAUGAAUUAUUUAAAACAAGCUGUGAUAGAACAAAUAGAUGCAGAAAUUUUUUAAUAGUUCCAGAUUUAAAGAACAGCAAAUCAGACAAAGAAAAAUCAAAUGAGCCUUAUAUCAACAAAAGAAAGUCACAGAUAAGAAUGAAAGAAGAAAGAUAAAUAAUUUUAAAGCUGAGAAAAAGAUUAAUUGGGAAAUUUUAAAGGGAAAAAGACUUAGAAAAAAAUUAAUCAUAAAACAAAGCAAUUAAAACAAGAAUAGAGCAAGAGAACUAUAAGAGGAUAAGAGAAAGCUGAAGAAGCAGAGUUUGAGACAAAGAGUAAAGAAAGUAAAAAGAGACUCUUAUGAUAUAUAAUUGAACAGGAGAAAAUAUUGGAUAAUAAUUAGUGAGAUCAAAAGUUUGAUAGCAAUCUCCUGAAAUCAAUGAAGCAAAAAUGUAAGAAAAGGAGUAACAGGAUUGCUUAGAUAAAUUGACUUCUUAAAACCAUCUUAACUUGUCUUCAUCUAUUACUCAAUACUCAAAAUCAUUCAACGACUCCAAUCCAUUUCAGUCUCUAAAAUAAAAUACUAAAUCUCCUAUUUUAAUAACCUUCUUGCUCCUCCACUUUACAUUAUUCAGUCUCAAACUAGAUAUCCCACUCAAUUAGUGUUAGUUCUUACUCUCCUUCUUCAUACAAGACCUAGUCUGCAACUCUGAAACAACUAUAUUGCUAUUCUUCUACUCCCACUGACUUCGAGGCUCCGGUUUGAACAUUAGGUAUCCUGUGUUUUAAUAGAAGCCUCAUAAAAAAGGUGAAAGAGAAAGAUGCAUGCAUGAUCUAGCUUGACAUCAAGUGGACAAGUUACCAAGACAGUAAAGAUCAUUAACAACAACUUUGUUAAUAUACUUAAAAAUUUGAACCCAAAGAGUG